AUGGCUCCUCCCGCACACGAAGAUUACUCAAUCGCGUGGAUAUGCGCCUUGCCAGUAGAAGUGGCGGCCGCAACGGCCAUGCUUGACGAGAUCCACGAAACCCCGCCGCCCAAACCCAUCAAUGAUCCAAACGCCUACACACUUGGCAAAUUGAAUGGCCAUCUUGUGGUUAUUGCUUGUUUGCCAAAUGGGAUAUAUGGAACCGUGUCUGCUGCCACUGUUAUGUCUCACCUAUAUUCGACCUUUCCUCACAUUCAAUUUGCGCUCAUGGUGGGAAUUGGCGGCGGGGUACCUAGUAAGGAAAAUGACAUUCGUUUGGGCGAUGUGGUAGUUAGCAAACCAACUGGUCAGCAUAGCGGAGUUAUUCAAUAUGAUUAUGGCAAAGCAGUACAAGGCGGUCAUUUCGAAAACACCGGCAAGCUGAAUAGCCCACCACUGAAUCUUUUGACACGUAUCAAUCAGCUUGAAGCCGAUCAGAUGAAAAAAACAGAUGACGCUAUUUCAAUCAUCGUCCAAAACGCCCUAGAACGGAAUCCUGAUAUGAAAAGAAGGUUUACGCCACCAAAUCAGGACACAGAUUAUCUAUUUUUUUCUUCAUAUCACCAUCAUGAUAAACAAGAUAACUGUGCAAAGUGCGAUAAAACCCAAAUGGUCUACCGACAGCCGCGCUAUACCAGAGAACCUCAGAUCCACUAUGGAUUGAUUGCUUCCGGAGACCGAGUGAUGAAGGAUUCUGAAACACGGGACCGUCUAGCUAAGCAGCUGGGGAUUAUCUGUUUUGAGAUGGAAGCAGCGGGCCUCAUGAACCAGCUUCCAACUCUGGUUAUCCGAGGAAUAUGCGACUACUGUGAUUCCCAUAAGCAGAAACGGUGGCAAGCAUAUUCGGCCCUGAGUGCCGCUGCUUAUGCGAAGAAACUUUUAAAAGGGGUAUCUGUUUACACUAGGAGCAAAAGCAAUGACAAAAAAGUUUGUACGGCUGAUUCUCUUUCCAAAAUGAUUUUCAGUGGGUGA